AUGGCUUCAAUACCCGUUGAGCCAAGCAAGAGGCCGCAUAGACCGGGUACCAGACCGGGACGACCGGGCGUGCCGUCUGGAACGUCCGACAGGGCAAAGCCUGUUCGUGGAGACAAUGCCUCUAGAGGUAGAGGUCAAGGCAGGGGAGGAAAGGUGUCUUCGGGCCAAAGGAUUGUAUCAACAGGUCGGAGACCAAAGCCAGUACCUGUGAGAAAAAGUAUUGAUCAAAAUGCAGGCAAUUCUGGAUCUGCUCCGUUUGAGCCCAGACCACAGAAUCCACUAGAGAGGAUACAGUCCCAGUUCUUGGGACCGUUGGUGAGGAACCCCGAAAAGUUCGGGUAUACGAGAUUUGAACAUCGCAAACAGGAGACUCCAGAUUACAUGCUACAACAUGACGGUCAGUUUGAGUCAAGACCGUUUUACCAGAAUGAUUGGGACAGAGCCAACCAGCUAAGAUUACUAGACUUGGAGAAGAAUCAUAAUGGGGAUAUACAGCCGUUGUUUGACCAAUUCAGAGAGAUGCGAGAAGCUGAAAGGAAAGAAAUGGAACGAGCAAAUUUGGUUGAUGCUGAAAAUGCCAAGAAAACACUCACCGAUGCUUUAGUUUUCAGAGGAAGUUGUUUAGACAUGUGUCCUGUGAACGAGAGAAUCGAGAGAAUCCACAAGAAACAAGUUUCCAAGUGGGAGAAGGAUCCCGUUUCAGGACGUAUAUCUCGUGAGAGAGCCGUCAAAACGUUUGUGCGGCCCUCUGGACAACCUCCUCCAUUACCAUCUGACGUUAGACCACCCCACAUUCUGGUGAAAACUUUGGAUUACAUGAUAGAGAACCUAUUGCAACAACUUCCUGAAUCUCAGAGUUUUAUCUGGGACAGGACUAGGUCGAUAAGACAAGACUUUACGUUUCAGAACAACUACUCUGGACCUGAAUCUGUUGACUGUCACGAACGCAUAUGUCGGAUUCACUUGCUAUCACUGCAUAUCAUGGCCGGUGCAAAUGAUCCAGACUAUUCACAGCAACAAGAGAUUGAACAAUUUACGAACUCUUUACAAACAUUGACACAUAUGUAUGACGAUAUACGAUCCAGAGGUGGGAACUGUCCAAAUGAGGCAGAGUUUAGAGCAUACGAGGUCCUGCUUAACCUCAAGGACACUGAGCUGGACCGAAAGUCACAGACUUUGCCAACCGAAGUUUAUCAUGAUAAAGGAUUUCAGCGAGCCCUGAUGUUGAGAGGGAUGGUAAUGGCACAGCAAAGAACCCCAGGCUCCCUCAACGUAUACUCUGUUUUCUUCAGAGCUGUCUAUGACCACAAGACUCCGUUAUUGGCUGCAUUUCUGUGCGAAUCGCAUUUUAAUGAGAUACGGUUUUCUGCUUUAGUAUCAAUGGCAAGGGCGUACCAUUCUUCGAGCAAAGCCCCGUUGGCGGUGAGCAUUUCUGACUGUCUUGGUUUCUUCAAUGUGGAAGAGUUCUUCGCUUUCACCAAUGCCUACAAUCUACCACAAGAGCAGGAUCCUACUGGAAUAAGAAUUAAAGUGAAUGAUAUGAAGGCCUCAUCUUUCAAGAACAGCAUGCUGCAGUAUUUCUCUCCAGUUCUGAACCAGAGACUAGCUUCCACAACGCCUGUACAGAUUGUCAACUCAGGUGUCCGCAGUGAAAGUGUUUCUCUGGGUAAUCAGCAACCAAGCCUGACUCUUCCUGCUGGAACAGACACACCUCCAUUUGACUUUGAAAGAAUGGCCCAAAGAGGCAGUAUCAUUACGCCCACUGUUGCCCAUCAUACUUCCGCCGCAUCCCAGUCAGUGCCUCCAUCAUCCGAGCCAUUUGUAUUUGCCAAACAGCUCCAACAAACAGCCUCUACUUUUGACGGUAAUGAUGGUCUUACAAAGAAACAGUCUCAGCAUGACCUUUCAGACGUUCAGCCCAAACCUACGUUCACAUUUGGUGCACCAGUUCCGACGACUCUCCCCUCUUCAGUUCCAUUCCAACCCGCGCCAACUGAAAUCACACCAAGUUCACAUCCUCCUAAGCCGGAAUCCGCAGCUCCACCAAAGAAAUUGAAGAUAACGGAAAGAACAAACUUCCCUUCUGCGAGCAAGAUCGUUGUUCAGUCCAUGUUGCAUCAUCUAACCAAAUAUUCCGUGAAUGCCAUAUGCACCGAGGUACUGAGAUCAGAGGCCCAACAUCGACAGAAAACUGCGCAGCGUGAUCAGCUUCUUGACCAGUUUUCCAAAGAGUUGUUGCGUGCAUUCGUGGACGAAAUUGUAUACCAGACUACGCUUGAAGCUAUGGCUGAUGACUUGCGUGCGAGAUUUUUGAAGAGACGGGCUCUUAAGAAUAUCGAAGCAAAGGCCCGGGUCAGUCUCACUAGAAAAAACUACAAGGAUCGCAAAUUGCAGGAGCUUGAGACAUUUACAUCUCGCUCGACCAAGGUUUCGGUACCAGUGAUCCGUAAGAAACGAGAGAGGAACCCAUCGCUAUCUAGCGUUGCUACCCUUCCGAGGAAGAAGGCUACUUCCGAAGUGAAAAAUAGGGAUUCGGAGCCCUUAGACCUCAAGCUGAUGACGGAUAGACUACCUUUUGUGGGUACUGCAUCGUUUCUUCUGAUUGCCAAAGACUGGAACAGCAGAGAGUCAAAGCAUCUGCGUGGUAUUUUUUCGCUCGUAAAGACGAACAACGCUUAUGAGAACACAGUCACCAGUCAAAAGGGUGCUGUAAUUAAGUUCACUUCCCUGCCGGAUGAUUUUGACACCAGACAGUUCUUUUCAUCAGCCGGGUUUGUGCUUUUUCAGUUUGGGCUGGUUGAUACAGCUGAGACAUCCCCUGAACGCAAGUUGAAGGGAGACAGACACGUUUUGAUCAAGGCUGUUUCGUAUUUACAGAAGUUUUCCAAGUUUUCAUCCUCGAUUUUGAUUCUGGUCUAUAAUUGCGAGAGUGUCGGAGAAGAGAAAAUCAACGAACUCCUGGGAGUUUCCAGUCUAGAGCAUUUGGCUCAUGUGGCUCGAAUUCAAGUUCUUAAAAUGAACUCCGGUGAAAAUGAGGAUUUGAUCAAGCCAGCACUGGAGGAUAUGCUCAAGUCGUUGCACCUGAGACACACCGUUCGUGAAGACCAUUCGAUAUCUUCAAUCUCUUCCUCCAGCUCUACCAAAGAAAACAGCUAUGUGAACAUGCUUACCAAAUCUCAGCAAGACAAACGGAAGAAGAAGCUAGCACACAUAAGAUCGUCGUUAGCACCAUCAAUACCGAGAUUGAGGACAUCAAGGUCAUUAACUGGUGGCAUCUUACAGUCCAUUGGAAGGAAGUUUUCAGGAGUUCCAAAGUCUCCAUUACAUACAAGUUUCACGGGUGUUCUGUCCACUUCUACGCCAAUAGCCUCUCGUUCAAGGACUUUCUCCAACAUGUCGACAUCAACUCAUGCCAACUCCUCGAUCGGCUCUGGAAUUGUAAAAAGGGUUUCGGACCUCAAUUUUGGUGAGAACAAUGAUAUAGCGGAAAAGAUCAGGGAGCUGAAGGAGCUCACUGCCAGUGUUUUGAAGAGGAGAAAAUAA